GAUAUCCGGAAGCCCUUUCUUUGACGGGAUUACUUCCGGUGCACAGGAGUUCACGUUGCUCACGUUAAGAUGUGAAGUCCUUGGUGGAUUUUUCAUUCAGAAUGCGAUACAAAUCUUAAAAUUGACAAAAUAUAAAUUAGUUUAAUCUCUGCGAGGAUCUGACGGCGGCGGCAGUUUGUUCGGGAUUCUGUUCGCCGGAAUGUCUUCAUUCUGGGGUCUGAGGCCGCUGCUGACGUCGCUGCUGCAAGCUUCCCAGCAUGCCUCUGCCUGGACGGGUCCCGUCCUCUCCCGGACGAUGGCCACCCUCAACCAGAUGCACCGCCAAGGGAAACCCAAACUGCGUCCCAAACCUGUCGGCGCCACGUACGGCCACCCCCAGCUGAAGGGUGUGAUUCUGAAGACCAUGAUCCGGAAGCCCAAGAAGCCCAACUCUGCCAACAGGAAGUGCGCUAAAGUGCGGCUGUCCAACGGGAAGGAGGUGGUAGUGUUCAUCCCCGGGGAGGGACACAACCUGCAGGAGCACAACGUGGUGCUGGUGGAGGGCGGGAGGACGCAGGAUCUGCCCGGAGUCAAACUCAAAGUGGUCAGAGGCAAAUUUGACUGUGCUCACGUGGUGAAGAAGAAGCAGUAGAGCGGCUGCGAUGUUUUAAUAAAGACGUGUGCGGCGAAGGACUCGUCUUACUUCAGAAACUGCACUGCAUGUGGACACUAACCAUUAUGUUCUUUAUCAAAUCUUCUGUUUUUGAGAAAAUUGUGAAAAAUGUCCACCAGAUCUUUAAUCUAAUCUCCAAAUAUGCUGAUAAUCAAUUAAUAAUUCUGCUGCAGAAAAGUCUUUAAAGUCUUUCAGUCGUUCAAAUGUGGAGAUUUCUCUGAUUUAUAUCAAAUGAAAGUGACGGUGAGGAACUGGGACAUUUUUAUAAAUUAUUCUUAGAAGAUAUUAAUCUUGUAACUCCCUAAAUGUAUUCUCAUUUAUCAAAAUGAUUUUGUUUCUAGUUGAAGGAUUUCUCUGUUGUGGAAUGGAAAUCUAAUCUAAUCUAAAUUUAAAUUGAGUGAAGACAGCUCUGGUCUCUGCUGAAGUCCUCUGUGUUUAAAUGAAUACAUUUUUAUUUAAUAAAAUCAAUUAUAACAUACAGAA